AAUCCAUGUCUUCCAGAUGCCGGAGGCCCCACUUACAUGUAUGAGUUCCAGUAUCGCCCAAGCUUCUCAUCAGAGAUGAAACCCAAGACGGUGAUAGGGGACCACGGGGAUGAGCUCUUCUCGGUCUUCGGGGCUCCAUUUUUGAAAGAUGGUGCCUCCGAAGAGGAGACCGAUCUCAGCAAGAUGGUGAUGAAAUUUUGGGCCAACUUUGCUCGGAACGGGAAUCCCAACGGGGAGGGGCUUCCCCAUUGGCCAGUAUAUGACCAGAAAGAAGGGUACCUUCAGAUUGGCGUCACCACCCAGGCAGCCGAGAAGCUGAAAGACAAGGAAGUGGCUUUCUGGAAUGAGCUCCUACCCAAGGAGGCGACAAAGCAGCCACCCCAGUUAAAACAUGCUGAGCUGUGAACGGGAGGCUCAGCUGGCCUUGGGGGCUUGUGGGACCCCAGACAGGGGUAUUCUGUAGAAGGUGUUUGUGGGCCAAAGAGGCAUCUUAUUGUGGAGGCUGGGAAAUUAUCUGAUGGGAGUAGCAGAGGUCAGGGAGGGGGAGUUUCUGUUUCUGUGGCGUCAAUUUUGGAAAUAAAUGUUCUUUUGGAGACCAA